AUGAUUAAACAUAAUAAUGAAAGUAGAAUAUCAAUAGAUGGUCAAUAUAUAUGUCAUCCAUCGAAUCAAUCUUGUUCAUUUAUUUAUCAAUUACCUGAUGUUAUUUUACAACGUAAACGUGAUCGAAAAAUGCCAUAUGCAGAAACAUUUAAUGGUAUUAUACUUUUUGCUGAUGUAUCAGGUUUUACAGAAAUGUGUCAAAAAUAUAGUAGUGAUGUUCAACGUGGAGUUAAUCAAUUAGCUAAUGCACUUAAUGGCUAUAUGGCACCAAUUGUUGAAGCUAUAUUAAGAGAAAAAGGAGAUGUUUAUAAAUUUGCUGGUGAUGCUGUACUUGGUUUAUGGCCAUUUGAAAAUAAUUCUAUUGAACAUAAACGUGAACAAGCAAAAAGAGUUAUAUCUUGUGCUUUAUAUAUGAAAAAAUCAUUUUGUGAUUAUGUGACAUCAAUUGGAACUGUUUUAAAUAUUAAAAGUGCUAUUGCAAUGGGCUCUUAUUCAAUAAUAUUUCUUCGUGGAACUACUUCCAUGUGUUCAAAACUUCUUGAUGAAUAUGGAUUAAAAAUACAAUCAUCAAUAAAAAAAACAAAUUCUUAUUCUGAAACUACGAAAAAAAUAAAUUCUGGAAAAUAUCAAUCGACAAAUUAUAUAACUAAAACAGGAUUAACUGAAGAAAUGAUCGAACAUUGUCGAAAUAAUCUUGUUAAUUAUUAUGUUUGUUAUGGUAGUGCUGUUGUUAGUGUUAGAAAUGCUGAACAUGAAUGUAAAUCUCAAGAUAUUAUUGUGGAUAUGGCUACAUGGCUACUUCUUGAUUCGGAUUCAGAAUAUAUUCAUGAAAAAUUUACUGCUGAACAUGAUGAUGAAGAUAUUGAAAUUCCAUUACGUUCUUCAAAUCAUCAAAUUGAAAUGGUCGGUCAAGGCCCAUCAAAUACAAUUACAACAGCAAUUAGUAAACGUCUUACACCACCCAAUAAAAUUCGUGAAACUGUUCCUAUACGAAAAAUACUUUCUCAUUAUAUUCGACUUCAUGGUCGUCGAAAUGAUAUUCCAAAAGAUAAUGAUUCAUCUGAUAGUUAUUCAGUUAUGUCUGUUGAUUCCAUAGAACCAAAUGAUAGUAAUGAAAUAUUAAAAAAACCUAAAAUAUUCAAUCAAUAUAGCCCUGGAAAAAAAAUUUUCAAUAUAAAGAAUACACCAAAAACAUCUUUUAAAUUAGAUAUAGGUGAUACAAAUAUAAAAGAUUUUUUAUCUGUUUCAUCAACUCCAAAUAGAAAACAAGGACAUUUGAUUAGAAGAAUUGAUUUAACUGAAGAACAAUCAAUGAAACUUCGUCCAAGUGCUUUUUUAAAUUUUGAAGAAUAUGAUAUAUUAGAUUUAAGUACAUUUAUUAUAAAACCUGUACGUAAUCAAGAAUCUCUUGAUCAAUUAUCUGAACUUCGUCUUAUUAAUAUUUGUUUUAUUAAUAUUAUUUUAACUGAUUAUAAAAUUAAACAGUUACCAUUUAAAUUACAAACAGUUAUUGAUUGUUGUGCUGAACAAAUUUCAAUAACAAAUGGUUUAUUAACGAAAGUUUUUAUGUUUGAUAAAGGUCUUAGUCUUUUAUGUGCUUUUGGAAUGCCUGGAUAUAAACAUCCAGAUGAUGCUGAACGAGCAUUAAAAUUUGGUUUUCUUAUAACUCAAAGAUUGGAAAAAUUAAAUUUUGUGGCACGAGUUAGUACUGGAGUUUCUACUGGACAAACAUUUUGUGGUGUGCUAGGACAUCCACUUCGAUGUGAAUAUACAGUCAUUGGUAGAAAAGUUAAUAUGGCUGCUCGUUUAAUGGUUAAUUAUCCUGGUAUAGUUUCAUGUGAUGAUGAAACUUAUCAUAAAGCUCAUCUUGAAGAACGUUAUUUUGAACUUUUACCAACAGUACCAUUAAAAGGUCUUACUGUUUCUACAAGUAUGCGUCGAUAUAAAGGACAAGAUGAUGAUCAAAAUAAUAUGAGUGUAUUUGUAUUUCCAAUAAUAAAUCGUGAAGAUGAAUGGAAUAUAAUAUUAGAAUAUAUUGAAGAAGUUAUGAAACAUUCUUGUACAACAAUUCAUUGUAUAUUUUUAACUGGUUCAACAGGUGUUGGUCGUUCACGUUUACUUGCACAUAUUAAUGAAGAAUUAAUGUAUGAUACACAAAAUAUACGUCGAGUUUCAUAUAAUGCUAGUUUUGAACAUGUACAAUUAUUUGGUUAUACACUUAAACAAUUAUUUAAAAAAUUAUUAUAUACUGAAUUACAAGAAUCUGAUACACUUGUAAAAGUAUUAAAAUCACUUUUACCAAAUCAUGAAAAAUAUUUAUAUUUAUUACGACCAUUUUUUGAUAAACUUAGUGUUGAUAUUGAUAAAUUAACAGGAAUUUUAAAAAGAAAAAUGCUUGAAGAAAUUAUUCGUGAACUUAUUAUUAAUGCAACAGAUCCAACUUAUGAAAUAUUUAAUUAUCAACCACAACCAACAAUUUUUAUUAUUGAUGAUGCUCAAUAUAUUGAUAAAGAAUCUUGGCAAUAUCUUAAUCUUCUUGGUUCAGCUCCAACUUCUCUUCUUGUAAUGGCAAUGAGAGAUCCAACAUUAAAUGAUGAUGAACUUCAUACACGUAUGAUUACACUUCGAGAUUUACCAACAACAAAACAUAUUCAACUUAUGGGUCUUGAUAAUCGUUAUUUAUCUACACUUGCAUGUCAAGCUAUGUUUGUACAACGUAUUCCAAAAGAUCUUGAAAUAUUAAUUACACGCAAAUCAGAUAAAGGUCAUCCACAAAAUGUUAUUCAAUUAUUAUCAGAUUUAUUAUCAAAUCAAAUAAUAAGAAUUGAAACAAUAAAUAAUGAUGAUAAUUUAAAUGAUGGAUAUAUUGAAGGUAUACAAAAAUAUCUAUGGAAACGUGUUGUUAAACAUGAUUCAGCAACAGGAAAUAUUAAAAUUUUAUUUGAAUAUGUUGAACCACAAUUAUGUCGAAUAUGUGAUCCAGAUAGAAAUAAAUUUUGGACAUAUACAACUGUUAUUGAAAAUAUAAAUGCUCAUGUUAAAAUUGAUAAAUUAAGAGAUUUUGAAAAACGUAUUGCUAAAAUAAGUUCAUUAUUUACAAAAAAAAUUUCCAAAAGAAUUAUUGUUCAUGCAAUAACAAAUUAUGAUAUUCAUACAAAUGAAAUGUUAAAUGUACACCAACAUCAUUUAAAUAAUAAUAAAAAUUAUACAGCUGGAUCGAAUGCAGAUUUAUUGAAAAUUAACAGUGCCUUUUCUCAAUUAUAUCGUGCACAAAUAUUUGAAUGUGCUUGGCUUGAUUUUGAAGCAAGAAAAAAUUCCAAUAUUGCCAGAUUAUUACAAGAAAAAAAUAUGACACCUAUAUGUUGUUGUUCAGAAAAUACAACAAGACAAAUAGAAAAUUGUCGUAUGUAUACUUUUAAAGAUCCAACAUUAAAAGAAGCAACACUUGCAACAAUAAUUGAUCAAUUUCAACAUGAUUAUUCAUCAAAAAUGGCUUUAUUUAUUGAAUCAAAAAAUCAUUUAUGUAAAUCAUGUGGUGGUGAUUCCGAUUCAUUAAUAUUUUUAACACCUGUACAAAGUAUGAAAUUAGGUAUGUCUAUAUUAGAUACAUUUCAUGAAAGAAAAUUAAAACAAUUAAAUCAACGUUUACAAUAUAUGAUUUUAAAUCAUUUAUCAAUACAACAAACUUAUAAUAAAUUAAAUAAUGAUGAUAUAAAAAUUGAUGAUAAACAAUUAUCUUUAAUUGAACUUAAAAAAAAUUCUUCAUUUAAUAAUGAUAAUAGAAAAGAAAAUAAUUUAAUUCAAAAUUUUUAUCAAAAAUUUUAUCAACAAGAAUUUAAUGAAAAAAGAAAAUAUUUUCAACAAUUACGUCAUAAAAUGAAACAUGUUGAUAAUCUUACAAAAAAUACUAGACCAUUAUCAUCAUUUAGUCCUAUGGCUAUCGGAGGACGUAAAGAUACAAUAGAAGGUGAAACAUAUGCAAAAAUUCCUUUUCAUUUACAAGAAAAUCGUCUUACUCAUUCUGAUAGUCCAAUAAGAACAAUUUAUCCAAUACAAUCAAGUAUUGAAACAACACAAAAUAUUUCAAUAAAUGAUAAAAAAAAUAAUUUAUCAAAAAAAUUUGGAAAAAUAUCUUCAAAAAAUAAUCAUUAUUAUGAAUCAAAUUUAGAUAUUAAUAAACAAACAAAAAAUCGAUUAAUUAUUAAUCGAUUUAGAUUAUUUACAAGGCGGUUAUUUAAAUUUCGACGAAAAAGAUCUUUAAAUUAUGUUAAAAUUUUUAAUCAAUCACAAAAUUUGAAUCAAAAUAAUAAUCAUAUGAUCAUUGAACAAGUUUCUAAAAUUACUAUUGAACAAAUUCUUAAUCGUCAAUGGGCACAAGCAUUUGAAAAUAAAAAAUUCGAGAAAAAAAUUUUAUUACUAAAACUUAAUACUGAAAAAUCGACUUGUUCUUCAUUGAGUAUAGCAGAUGAAAAUUAUUCAUAUUCAAUUGAUAGCAUUCAUACAUUUUGUCAAUCAAAUAAACAAUUAAAUAAUCAAGUUCAACAGACUUCUGAAACGCAAAUAUCAAAUCAUUUAACUACUAUUUAUGGAUUAAAUCAAACGAUAGAACCAUUAAAAUGUGAACUAGAACUAAAUUCAUCUCAUAAUGUUCAUGAUGUGAAUAAAAUUACUCUACACACUCAUACAAACCAUCAUUCCUUGGAUCAAAAUAAAUAUAUUCAUAUAAAAAAUUCAUCUUCUAAUUAUGAUUUAUCUCAAAAAAUUUUUCCUCAUUCAGAAACAAUAGAAAUUCCUUUAAUGAAUAAUGCAAUCGAUGAAAGAAAAGAAAUUAUUCAUCAACAAGAACAUUUCUCUAAUAAACAAUCUAGAUCACGUGUUGAUGUUAAUCAAAAUAUUUUACAACAUUUACCUUAUGGAAAAAAUAAACGAUUAUUCACAAAAGAUAUUAUGUCUGAAGCUGAACAUCUUAUAAAACAUUUACAUCUCUCACAUCAAACCGAUUAUGAUUCAACAUCAACAGUUCUAAGACAAUCUAUAAUAUCUCAUGAUAAUGAAAGUAACGAAAAAUCUUCAAAAAAAAUUUUCAUUAAUGAAGAUAUCUUAUCUAUUAAUGAACGUUUAUAUAUAAAUUUUACUGAAACAUGUCCAUUAUUUUUAUUAAAAGAAGGUAUUGAUCAUCGUUUUGAAUUUCUUGAUUUUGCUCCUGAUUUAUAUAUACGACAACAAUUUCAUCCAUUAAAUCAUGAUGAAUUUAUUUUAAAUAAUACUGAGACACAAAUUAAACAAAUUAAUAAUACAAAUACAAUUAAUACACAAUUAUUUUCAAAUAAAAUUCCACAAAAAAUUCAUCAAACAACUGAAAUUGAAUAUAAUCAACGUAAUUGUCGUUGUAAUUAUUUACUUGUUGAAAUCUAUCGUUUAUUAAUAAAAUUAUGGGAUCAAUCAUCAAAUAUUGAAAAAGUUCUUUAUUAUUCAUUAGAAUUAGCACGCGUUGAAUUAACACGAACAAAUUAUUAUGAAUCAAAAAUAAUUUUACAAAAUAUUCUUGAACAAUUAGAAAAAGAACGAAAUUAUUUAAAUUUACCAUCAUUUUUUGAACCACAAAUUUAUGAUUUAUUAUCAGAAUCUGUUUAUCGAA